UGUCUAUCACAUUUAGUGAAACAUAAUAAUAAUAAUAAUAAACAUAAUAAGAAGUACGUAUUUGUUUGAUUCUGAAAUUGAAAUCGCAGUUAGCCGAUCCAGGCUUGUGAAGGACGACCCGCAGUUGCCGUGACUAGUCUUUGUCGCUCUCUAUCAUGUCAAAAAACACGGUGGCUAAGCAUCAAGAAGGAAUAGAAUACCUCGAUGUCCUUACUAAAGCUGGUGAAAAAACAGGCAUCUCCAAACCAAGAGGAGAUGUACACAGAGAAGGGGAUUAUCAUCGAGCUGUUCAUGUGUGGAUAUACGCUGAGAGUACACAAGAACUACUUGUGCAAUGCCGUGCAGACUCCAAGGACUCAUGGCCUGGCCAGUGGGAUAUAUCAAGUGCUGGGCAUAUUUCUGCUGGAGAUUCUUCAUUGGUUUCAGCUGUGAGGGAACUUCAAGAAGAACUUGGUAUAACACUUCCAAAGGAUGCAUUUGAAUUAAUUUUCGUUUUUCUUCAAGAAUGUGUUAUCAAUGAUGGGACCUAUAUCAACAAUGAAUACAAUGAUGUAUAUCUCGUUACCAUGAUAGAUCCAAUUCCUCUGGAUGCCUUUACUCUACAGGAAUCAGAAGUUUCAGCGGUGAAAUAUAUCUCUUAUCAGGAGUACAGAAGCUUACUUGCCAAUGAAGAUCCUCAUUAUGUGCCUUAUGAUGUAAAUAGUGCAUAUGGUCAGCUCUUUGAAAUCAUUGAGAAAAGGUACAGACAAAAUGUUGACCUGAGGAGUUUGAACCUACAAAAGCAGAUUAAUCGUUAUGCUCCUGUUUCACUCAGUGCCGAGACUGCCGGGAUAAGUGAUGCAGACAAAAAAGCUCUAGCUCUUAUUGUCAAAGCUGCAACAUUUAUAGACAGGAUUUUUUACUUGCAGAUCUGGCAUAGCAACCUAUCUUUCAGCGAUUGGUUAAGGGAGCAUGCUGGAAAAUCUCAUUUGGACAAGUUAAAAUGGACAUACUAUCACAUCAACAAGAGUCCAUGGUCCUGUUUGGAUGAAAAUGAGGCAUUUUUGACAACUGCAGACUCAGCUAUCAAGCUAAUUCCUGAGGCUACGAAGCCUGUGACCGGGUGGAUAGGUCUUGAGUAUAGACUAGCAUUUCCUGUUAUAAAACCACCUGGUGCCAAUUUUUAUCCAUCAGAUAUGGACAAAAUGGAAUUUUCAUUGUGGAUAGACAGUCUCCCUGAGGAUAAAAAAAAGGAAGCAACGGGAUUCUUUAAUGUGAUCAAAAGGCACAGUGAAUCUGAAAUCAUGGACAUACCAAAAUCUCGAAAUGCCUCAACCUCUUUUCAUGACCUAUAUAUCGUUCCUUAUUGGCAAGAAUACAAUUCUUUGCUUGUUGAAGCUGCAAAGUUACUACAUGAAGCUGGAAAUAUUACAAGCUCGCUCAGUUUGAGAAGACUUUUACACAGCAAAGCAGACGCCUUCCUUUCCAAUGAUUACUACGACUCGGAUAUUGCCUGGAUGGAGUUGGACUCAAAGUUGGAUGUAACUAUUGGCCCAUAUGAAACCUAUGAGGAUUCAAUUUUUGGAUAUAAGGCUACGUUUGAGGCAUUUAUUGGUGUCCGAGAUGACAAAGCAACAGCUCAAGUAAAGCUGUUUGGUGACCAUUUGCAGGUUUUGGAAAAGAACCUUCCAAUGGAUAAUGUUUAUAAGUCGAAAGAUGUGACAUGUGCUCCUAUUCGGGUAAUCCAGCUUCUCUACAAUUCAGGGGAUGUAAAGGGCCCACAAACAGUUGCGUUCAAUCUUCCAAAUGAUGAGAGGAUUGUGAAAGAUAGAGGAACAUCUAUGGUCCUGCUUAAGAAUGUUUCAGAGGCAAAGUUUAAGCUCAUUCUCCAGCCUAUAGCUGAUGCGUGUGUCAGCAAGGAACUUAGGAAGCUUGUGGAUUUUGAAUCUUUCUUUACUCACACAAUAUGCCACGAGUGCUGCCAUGGCAUUGGACCUCAUACCAUCAAACUCCCAAAUGGGAAGACCUCCACAGUAAGAUUGGAGCUGCAAGAGCUCCAUUCAUCAAUGGAAGAAGCUAAAGCUGAUAUUGUGGGACUUUGGUCCCUAAAGUUCCUAAUUGAUGAGGGUUUGCUUCCGAAGAGCCUAGUGAGAUCAAUGUAUGUCUCAUUUCUUGCUGGAUGCUUCCGUUCAGUUCGCUUUGGGUUAGAGGAAGCUCAUGGAAAAGGACAAGCGCUUCAGUUCAACUAUAUGUUUGAGAAAGGUGCGUUUGUUUUACAACAUGACGGGGCUACCUUCUCCGUUGACUUUGAUAAGGUUGAGAGUGCUGUUGAAAGCUUGAGUAGGGAAAUUCUUACGAUACAAGCAAGAGGCGAUAAAGAUGGUGCAAGAAUGCUACUUCAGAAAUAUGGUGUUAUGACUCCACCCUUGCGAAGUGCUCUCGAAAAACUUGAAAUGAUUCAGGUUCCCGUGGACAUAGUUCCUGACUUUCCCAUUGCUGACCAAAUCGUAUGUGAUUUCCAUUGAGCACUUGAAGACUUGAAAACGAAAGGAAGCAGCUCUUGUUUUUGGACACUUGUGACUUGUGGCCAGUGAAGAGAUAUAACCUUUUAACUACAAAAAUGAUGUUUGUACCCACUCUUAUACCCACUUUUAUAACCCACCCAUGUUUGUGAAGGCCUUUUAUUGUCUGUGAGUUCCGUUCACAGAUAGUAUUUUGUUUGUGCAAAAUUUGCAUAGACAAAAUAACACAUAUUUUGUCUCUGAACCGGAUUCACAAACAAAAAAAAAUCUUCACAAACAUGGUGGGUAUAAGGUGGGUAUGAGGGUGGAUACAUCAAGCAUUGUUUUAACUAUUUGCCUUUAUCUUUUGCAAUAAAAAUAAGCUAAAAAGUUUGAAUAGACCAUUUUACCAUUUCAAAUCCAUUAAAGAAUAUCAUAUAAACAUACUUACUUUGGAAACACAAUCAUUCUGUCGUCUUGAAUUGCUAUAACAUGUCAUUUUUAAAAAAAAAUAAAUUAAGAAAGUUGAUGAAUUUUACAAAAAGUCAUAAAUUUUAAAAAUACAGAAAUAGAAAUAAAAUAAUAAAAAUGCCAAAAUAGAUAGGCAACUUUACAACUUUAAAAUAAAAAUGUUUGAGCUUGUCCUCCAGAACUAUCUUCAUGCCAAAGAAGAGUUUUGUGGGAAUACUUUCAAUUUUAGUUUUGCUUUAGUCAUAUUGGUUUUUAUUUUAGUUUGAGUGUGUUUGGUUUGGACUUCGUGAUUUGUGGAGUAUUUUUGGUAGGUAGUGUUUUAGUUACGAUUGUUUUAGGCUUAAAAUUGCUCGUUUCAUGUCCAGUGAAUCCGGUUACUUUGUAUGAAUUAGACUGAUUUUAUGUCUAUUCCUAGGCAUACGAUUGGAUCUAUUAUAAUUGUAUGGAGGUUAUCUUGUAUGAGUUCUUGAUAUUGUUAUAAAAAGCCGCUCUUUUAUACUCCUUCCAUUCUUUAUUAACUGUCCUUUAGGCUUGGGCACGUGCUUUAAGAGAAAAAUAGUCGUAGUAUAGAGUGUGUAGGGUAAAUGAUAACGUAGGAAAGAGAGUAUAUUAAUAAGAGUAAAAUGGUGAUAAAGUAGGAAAGAGAGUAUUAAGAAGAGUAAAUUGAUGAUAAAGUAUGAAAGAGAAAGUAGUAUGUAAAAAGUAAAAGGGGUAAAAAUAAUAAUGUGGGGUAUUUAGCUCAAAAAGUUUCUUAAAAUGGAAAAGAUAAAUAAUAAAAAACAGAUCAAAAAAAAAUAAGUGACGGUGACUAAAGAACAGAGGGAUUAAAAAAAACUUUAAAAUAAAUGAGCCCGGGAAAGUCAAAAGAAAUGAAAAAAUGAAAAUAUAAAAUUAAAAUGUAAAAACAUUUAAAAAGAUGUAGAAAGUACAAAUUAUUUAAAAACACAUAAAAUACAGAUUUUGACAUUCUUUUUUCCAUGAAUAUUAUUUAAUUAAAUUCAAAAGAUAAAAAUACGGGUUGUUUUAUACUGCCUCCGUCCCGCUAAGAUUGUCUCAGGCACUAUUCACAUGGUCAAUACAAAUCACUUUUAAUCUCUUACUUUAUAUAUCAAACUUUUAUCAAAUUUGAUUCUGGUUUUUGCGACUUUGUAAAGUUUUUAAUGUAAUUUCUGAAUAUGUAAUUUUUUUUCUAAAAAAAAUUUGAGUGCGAACAGGGAUCUGUUUACUUUAUCUUCAGUCAAACAUCGUAAACCGAAUUGUCCCAAAAUAGUAGAACGGAGGGAGUAAUUCUCUAAAAAGUGACAUAUUACGUGACUAAUUCUUAGUGACUCAUCAUCUAUAUUGAUAUUUGUACAACUACUCGUAAACAGUAACUAAACAUAUAUUGUCCAAAAAGCAUGAGUAGUCAUAUUUUUGUCCGGAAAAACUCUUUUAGUAAUAUAUAUGUCAUUGUUUCUAAAAUUUUCGCUAUUUUUGAAUUUGAACAAGUUUCUUAGAUAUUUUUUUGUAAAAUAACAUGCAAUAACAGGUAAAAAAUCAGUUGAUUGGUUGGAUUGGUCUACUAUUUAUAGUAAGUGUACUUGUAUGAAACAUUCAUAGUAUAUGAGCUAAGUGAUGGGUAAGCUAUAGUAGAAAAGUUUAUUGUUCCUAGAGAAUUUUUGUAGUAGCUUACAAUUUCAGGGUAGCUUGUUGUUGAGAGGGUUGCAACCUUACCCACGAAUAGUUGGCUUUUAGCAUAUUAUAAAAAGACAAUUGGAAGCAGAAUUGGACUAUUUAGGGGUGUUUGGAUCUGUUUCUUAUAGCUUCUUCUGCUCUUUCAGGUAGCAAAAAUAGAUAUUGGAGUGUUUGGAUGAAAGUGUAUAGGUAUUUUUGGAUACUCCAAAUUACUCCUAAAAGCUGUUUUUUUUUAAGUUGAGGGAGAUCGGUUUCUGAAAAAAUGAUUUAGAUUCUGCUUCUGCUUUUAAAAAAGAAGUAAAAGCAGAAUUAGUUUCAAACACCCCUUUAGUUCUGUUCCUAUUCUGGCGGAACUAGAUCGACUUUGAUUGUUUACAUAUCCACUAUGCUCUCGCUACAGAAUUGGGUGUGCCGGUUAUGCCCUAAUGUUGACUGACAAUUAUGACAAAAGAGGCAUGUUUAGACUACCGUGGUGACACCUAUUUUGAAGGAAAAUUUUACCAUAUACGAAGUAUAUCUUUUUUAGAUUUAUUUCAUGAAAAUGCAUUUUAUACAUAUUUUUGUACACACUCUGUCGGUGUUGGGAUAUUGGACCGAUUCAUAUUGACCGGCCCAAAACCAGUAAGGUCAUCCCUCAAUAUACUCCUAAACGCCAAGGGAGAAACCCAGAUGGUUCCCCCAUGGGCUAAACAGGUUCAGAAAGACUGCCGAGCCAAGUAGUUGAGCCAUGAGUCUACGAGUGUAAAAUUAAGGAAGGGACGAAUCUUCGAGAUCGGGUGUAUGGCAUACACGAGCUCAGACUGAACACUAGGUAUGACUAUAUCUCGAGCUGACGCUCGAGCCGGGUGAGCAAUCUCCUCCAUUGUACCAUCACCCACUGACAUCUAGCUAAAUGGUGGGAAACCUGGAAACAUACGAGAAUUGCAUUUAAUAUGAGGCUUGAGCUUAGCAAGUCGACGAAGUGUGGGAAGCAGUAACCGUUAUGACAGAAUGGCCCAACCAACAGGGAGUCCACACGUGAUCAAUUCCAUACUGUCGGAUUAGUAUAAAUACCGCCCUCAUUUACUAUGGUGGGGCUAGCUUAAAUUGCUUAAAUAGCAUUUACUUUGAUCUUGUAAACAAAUUCAGUACUCCGU